CAAAAGAGUUCAACUUUGGUGACUAUGAACUCAAAAGCAAUAAAGUUAGCUAACAUGCACAGACAUUGGCCACCAUUAGCUACUUGUCAUACCAGGCCAAGUGCAGCUGAGUGCACUGAAUUGAGCAUGUGUGUUUUAUGGCUUAUGAAUUCAACUCUUCAUUUCUAAAAGGAUGAUUCUGUUGUUUCCUUUUUCAGAAGUAAGAUAAUCCUGCUUUAAUUUACUGAGCUUUUUGCCAAUGAAGACUUGGUUAGAAACAUUAGAGUCAGCCUCAGGAAAAACGUGUAAUGUAAGGUUGCUAGCUUUGCAGAAAUAUUACCAAGGACAUGACCUUGAUGUGCUUAUGGUAGCUACCCCACAACACAUUGGCAAAAAAAAAAACAAUAAAGCCCUGUUUUGAUUUUAACCAGCUGUCUCGAACAAAUUGCUGUUAUUCCCACGGGCUUUCCUUUUUGUCCCUUUUUGAAAUAGCGUGGCUAACUAAGUAAAAAUGACAAAUAAAAUAUUGGGGGAGGGGGGUGCACUCAUUGCUCUGUCAUGUUGAGGGAUUUCUGAAGUGUCUGCCUCCCCAGGCACCCCUCCCACGCUCUCCCCUAAAUGGGAGUGAGUGAGUUUGAAAAAGGGCUGGACUUCCCUUAAUUUACUGCGAGCUUAGAAUGGCUUGAGUCUCAUGAGAGCCAGAAUACAGUCUAAACUUUUGGCAGCGUACUAGUGCUGCUGUUGCUGGUGCUGCUGGUGUCACCAAAAAGUGCCCACUUAACCCACAGACUCAACUUCUGCAACCCUGGACGAGGACACUCAGCUUGAUGCUCAGGACAUGGAAACAAACUAACUGUGAAUGAAGAAUAUCUCCUUUUCAGUUUUUGCACUUUUUCUGAAUUUCCUCACUGCCAGGAUUGCUUUAUAGAGCUGAACGCAUUGGAGACCUAAGUCAGCAACAUUGGAAGUCAUGGUCCCCUCACUGCACUGGCUCCUGCUGCUGUGGGGACUUCAGGGUCUUUUGGCACAGGACUAUGACGAAGACUAUGAGGAAGUGGUGGUGACAACGAAGAAGAAGAGCAAAGUAAAUCCCUCCAAUGCCAUACCACAAAAUGGCAAAUCCCUCAUUGAUGAAGAUUGCAGUUUGGAGUUAGCCUUUCUGAUCGACAGCUCAGAGAGCGCCAAAGACAACCAUGCCCAGGAGAAGCGCUUUGUCACAGAUGUGAUGGACCGACUGCAGAACCUCCGUCUGCAGACCGGCCGGGGCCUCAGCGCCCGGGCAGCUCUCCUUCAGUACAGCAGCCAUGUCAUCAUAGAGCAGACCUUCAAACAGUGGAGGGGCAUCGACGACUUCAAGGCCCGGAUCGCUCCCAUUGUGUACAUUGGUCAUGGCACCUACACCACUUACGCCAUCACCAACCUCACCCGUAUUUACCUGGAGGAGUCGGAUCUCAGGAGCAUAAAGGUGGCCGUUCUGCUCUUUGACGGCAUCUCGCACCCCAGGAACCCGGACAUAUUUUCAGCUGUGGCUGAUGCCAAGAACCAGGGCGUCCGCUUCUUCACCAUAGGCAUCACACCUGAAGCCAAUGAGGCCGCCAAUAUGGCUCAGUUGCGGCUGAUUGCUAGCUCCCCAGCAUCACGCUACCUUCACAACCUGCAGGACAGGGGCAUUGUGGAUAAAUUCAUCAAGGAGAUUACGUCGCUGGCGGAUGAAGGGUGUCCUCUGGCCCAGAGCACAUGUGCCUGUGAAAAGGGUGAGAGGGGAGCCCUCGGCCCUCCUGGCAAAAAGGGGCGUCCUGGAGAUGAUGGAAGCCCCGGCACAAAAGGACAGAAGGGUGAGGGUGGGCUCAGUGGUCUUCCAGGUCGGGAAGGAGCAGAGGGAAAAGCGGGAUACAAAGGAGAGAAGGGAGAGAGAGGGGAGUGUGGUACACCUGGAAUAAAGGGAGACAGAGGUCCUGAAGGUACCAUUGGUCCAAGAGGAAAUCGUGGCCUGCAGGGUGCGCUUGGUCCACCUGGCGAUAUCGGACCUGAAGGUGCAAUGGGUAAAAAAGGGGAAAGGGGACUUCCUGGGCCACCUGGAAUCCAAGGGGAAACAGGGAUUGGCCUUCCGGGACCCAAGGGUGAUGUUGGCUACCAGGGGCCAACAGGGCCACCUGGUCCUCUAGGAAUUGGCGAGCCUGGACCACCGGGGCCUCAAGGGCCACAGGGAGUCCAAGGAGAGAGAGGACCAAUAGGAGAGGGUCUCCCUGGACCAAAGGGAGAGCGAGGCUUGGAGGGGUCGCGGGGGCUCAGAGGACAGCCGGGCAUUGGAAUCAAAGGAGACAAGGGGGAUUUUGGCCCUCCGGGUCUUCCAGGGCCACUCGGCCUCACAGGAGUUGGCAUACAGGGCGAGAAGGGCGUGGAGGGACCAAGAGGGCCACCAGGAAGCAGAGGCCCACCAGGAGAGGGCUUUCCUGGAUCCAAGGGGGACCAAGGUUUACCGGGGGAGGUAGGCGCCCCAGGUGAGAGAGGGGCUGGAGACCCUGGAGCUAAGGGUGAGCCAGGGUCAACAGGGAUGUCAGGUUUGCCCGGCCUGCCAGGGGAGGACGGAGCCCCUGGACAGAAGGGUGAGCCAGGACCUUCAGGUCUCAGAGGGCCAGAGGGGGCACCUGGAAUUGGCACCCAGGGUGAAAAGGGUGACCAAGGCCAAAGAGGAAUAAGGGGCUUGACUGGUCCACCUGGCAUUGCUGGACCCUCGGGACCAAAGGGAGAACCAGGGGCACAAGGCAGGGGGGGUUUACCUGGUCCACCAGGACGUUUCGUCGCCGGGCCAAAGGGUGAUCUUGGCCCAAGUGGUCCUCCAGGUCCGAUUGGGGAGACUGGCUACGGACUUCCUGGUCCAAAGGGUGACCGUGGAGAUUCAGGUCCUGCAGGUCCUUUAGGUCCCAAAGGAGACGGCUAUCCCGGCCCUAUGGGCCCUCCUGGUCUGCCUGGACUUCCAGGAGAACCUGGCCAGGAAGGAGUGGGCAUCCCUGGACCAAAGGGGGAUGUUGGUUUCCGAGGGUUGCCUGGUUUACCAGGACCUCCAGGCGAAGGCCUCCAAGGACCUCCGGGUAACACUGGGCGGCCUGGCCCUCCAGGGCCAAUAGGGCCACAAGGACAAGGAGUUCAAGGGCCAAAGGGUGAACAGGGGGCCCAGGGCGUGACAGGGCCAAGGGGGGUACCUGGAGAAGGCUUUCCUGGAGCUAAAGGUGACCGUGGCUCGUCAGGGGAGAGGGGGCUGAAGGGAAUCAAAGGAGAACUGGGAGACCCUGGAACCCCAGGACUACCUGGCCGCGCUGGUGUCAAAGGUGAAGCAGGCCUCACUAGAGAGGACAUCAUUCGGAUGAUCAAAGAGAUCUGUGGAUGUGGGAUCAAGUGUAAGGAGAGGCCCAUGGAGCUGGUGUUUGUCAUUGACAGCUCAGAGAGCGUGGGCCCAGAGAACUUUGAGAUCAUCAAGGACUUUGUGAACGCCCUGGUGGACCGAGUCACAGUGGGCCGCAACGCCACCAGGAUCGGCCUGGUGCUGUACAGCCUGGAGGUGAAGUUGGUGUUCAACUUGGCCCGCUACGUCACCAAACAGGACAUAAAGCAGGCCAUCAGGAACAUCCCAUACAUGGGAGAGGGCACCUACACCGGCACAGCCAUCCGUAAAGCCACCCAGGAGGCCUUCUACUCUUCACGUCUGGGAGUCAGCAAAGUGGCCAUCGUGAUCACUGAUGGACAGACGGACAAGCGAGAGCCAGUGAAGCUGGAUAUAGCUGUACGAGAAGCACAUGCUGCCAAUAUUGAGAUGUUUGCACUGGGGAUUGUGAACACCUCGGACCCUACGCAGGCUGAGUUCAUGAGAGAGCUCAAUCUGAUCGCUUCUGACCCAGACAGCGAGCACAUGUUCCUCAUUGAUGACUUCAACACACUGCCAGCGCUGGAAUCCAAGCUGGUCAGCCAGUUCUGUGAGGAUGAGAAUGGAGCCCUGAUUUAUAACAGAGUAACUAACGGCUACAACGGCUAUGGAAACAAUGGCUACAGCGGCAACAACGGCAACAGGAACGGCAACAAUGGGAACUAUGUUGUCGGUGGCUAUGGGUACCGACCUGUGACUGACCAGCAAGUUCUGAACGGCCGUCAGAGUGGCACCAGCACUGGCACCAGCACUCACAGCCACGGAGGCCGCGUAGAGACCACCCAGCAUGGCAGCAAAGGCUCCAGCACAGUCACAGACAGACAUGGUGGAGGAGGGCAGCAUGUGUUCACUGAGACACACUUUGGAAGAGAGCGCGGGGAUACAUUUAACCGCAACACCUCAGACUUCACACCUCCGUCCAAAGAGGACUCCUCCAGCACCCGAGGCUCCUCCUCAUCUUCAUCUUCAUCUUCAUCAUCUUCUUCUUCUACAAGAAUAUCCACAUCCUCCUCAGGUGUAACCAUUCAGCAUGAGCGUGUACCAAGGCCAGCUCUUCCCAAAGAGACCGUUCCCUUGGACCCUCGCUGUGGCCUGGUUCUGGACCAGGGCACAUGUCGGGACUAUAAUAUCCGCUGGUACUACGACAAGCAGGCCAACGCCUGCGCCCAGUUCUGGUACGGAGGCUGUAACGGCAACAAGAACCGCUUCGACACAGAGGAGGAGUGCAAGAGGACGUGUGUGAUCGGCAGAUCCACUGGAGGCUGAGUGAAGGCAUCUGCCGUACAUCUGCUGUAGAUACUUCAAGGAGGGGCAGCUAAUACCAGCCGUUUUCACAGGGUUAUGUAAAGUUUCUGCAUAAUUCUCAGGCAUCUACAUGUACACUGAUCUCACUGAUACAUUCUAGUUCCUGUCUUUGUGCCCCCUCCUGAACCACUUAUUGUAAAAUUAUCCUCCUCUAGUUACAGUGAAAGAGAGGCCAGCUUUGAUAGAUACCUCUGUUGUUUUGUUUGUUUUAUAUCAGCAUCUAUCGCAGGAGAUACUCCAUGACUCCUACUCAGGAAUACAGAUGAGCACUCUCACUGUGUGUGUCCACUUUCCCGGGGAUUCCCACACCUCUCGGACAUGAUCAUGGUUUUCAUACACAGUCUGUGAGUGCAGCAAAGAUUGUGAAAAAAUGGACUGACCAGUAAAUAACUCUGCUGCCUUGUCACUGUCAGAAUCAUACAUGGCAUCAGUCAAUCAAUAUGUCAUUAAAGACAUAGUGUAGCUAUUCUUUACUCAAACAAUCACUGUAGAGCAUAUUAGCACAUAAUCACAGGAGCUAGUAACAACACGAAUGAAGCCUCUCAUCACUUAUAUCAAUAAAAUAUAGUUCUUUUUUAUAUAUAUAAAAAUGACUGAUGCUCUGUAACUUCAUGGAAUUAUUUUGUGCAUUUGAAUGUGUUUUUUUUUUGUUUCUGAAUUAAAAUGUGAUGUUUUGUGUUUACAUGAUUUCACCUCUUUGUUACCACUAACUGUCUACAUUUGUUCAGGCAGGAAACUGAUGGACGGACACACGUAUACACACACUGCCCUCUACUGGGUAACACAUGCUGAUGUCACUCAAGUCAGUGCUACAGCACAGGACACUUGUGCUUCCAUUGUUGAGCAACUGGUUUGUUACUAUAUUACCGAGCUGUACUGACAGUGUAAAUCCAUACUGUACGACAUUUGUUUUUUAAUAAAUCUGA